AUGACAUUCAUUGGGAACGGCAUUUUCCCCUUCCUGACAGAUCACAUGAUGGAACUGCUUGUCAUUGAGCGGAGCCUCAUCCAGAGCCUCAGAGAUUUCAUCACAGCACAGAAACAAUGCAUAGACCGAUUUAACAGUGUUGUUGAAGCCUGUGAAAAUGCCUCUGGAGACUUCCCAGAGGAUCUGGAAAAAUACAUCAGCAACCCUUUCACUGCAUACAAGCUGGUGCGAAGACUGAGGCUGGAGCGGAACAUCGUGGAACAAGUUACCAAGACAUGUUCUUCAUAUAUUGCAGAUUUCCUGGCUAAUGUAUCAUUGGUCUCCCAGCGGCUCCCCAGUGAGAAGGACAUGGAUGGGGUUGCACUGGGUCUUAUACGUCUACAGGACAUAUACAGACAACUGCAAAUCAUUACAGUGGAUGUGUCAGGACAGGUAAAUGUGACACCCUUGGAUCCAGAUGACUCCUUCCACGUUGCCAUGGUGGCCCUGCAGAACCACAAGUUCCAGUAUGCCCUGCUCUGGCUCCAGGAGACCUUCAGGCAGCUGGAGGAUGGCAUCCCAGCCCUGGUGACCAGGAGAGAGGUUCUGACCUACCUGGGUCCCCUAGCCUUUCAGAUGGGUAACCUGCCUCUAGCAUUGGAGCUAACACAACAGUUGCAGGAACUGGACCCCAGUUGCAUGCAGACCAAGGUGCACCUGGCCUACUACAGAACCCUGAGAGAGAGCAUCCGGUGUGGGAGCCAGACACAAACACCCUCAUUGCCCUUAGAUGCACCAGUGGACAUCUUAACACUAAUCAAACCAGCAAGCGAAACCUCCUACGAAUCUCUUUGCAGAGGGGAGUGUGAUGAUCAGACCCCGAGGAGACAGAGGACAUUGCAGUGCAGGUACAGCACUGGGAGAGGCAACCCUCGACUCAUCUAUGCCCCUAUAAAAGAGGAGCAGGAAUGGGACCAUCCACUAAUAAUACGGUAUCAUGACCUUGUAUCUGAAAGGGAGAUUGAGACCAUAAAACACCUAUCCCGAUCAAAGCUUGACAGAGCAAAGGUGUCAGACCAUGUGACAGGGGAAAGAUUUUCAGCUGAAACCCGUGUGGCUAAAAGUGCAUGGCUGGCUGACGAGGACAACCCUGUCAUCUCCCGUGUUACCCAGAGAAUGGCUGACCUGACUGGGCUGGACAUGGAGGCAGCAGAGAUGCUCCAGGUUGCAAAUUAUGGGAUUGGGGGCCAAUAUGAACCACACUUCGACAACAAGCUGACCAAUGACACAGACUACAUGACGAGGGGUGGCAGGAUCGCAACGAUCUUAAUCUAUAUGAGUGAUGUGGAAGUGGGUGGAUCGACUGUGUUCCCUGAUAUAGGAGCUGCUCUCCGACCGUACAAGGGUUCAGCGGUGCUGUGGUACAACCUUUUGCAGAAUGGAGAGGAGGACGCUAGGACCUUACACGCUGCAUGCCCUGUAUUUGUGGGCAAUAAAUGGGUUGCCAAUAAAUGGGUGCGGGCCCACGGACAGGAGUUCAGGAGAAGAUGCUCUUUGUCCCAGAUGGACUGAAACUGGAGCCAGG